AUGACGCGCGUGCUUCAGACGUCGCUGAGCCCGCGCGCGGCGCGACUCAUCGCGAAAGGGUUCGUGGAUCUGGGAAUCAAGGAGCCGGGUGAUCUACGAGCGGUCGUCGCGAAACGCUCGCUUGGGAUGAUCGGUAUCGAGCUCGCGGCGGCCAUUUUCAACGUCGCGCUGUGCAUGAGUCUCUUCUCUCUCGCGGUCAUCGUCCAUUACUCUGGAUACGAGAUCUUACUGCCCACGUUCUUGAACUACGUCGCUGGUUUCUGCGUGCUCGUUGGCGCCGCGAUCUUCGCCGUGGAAGCGGCGGCGCACCUUAUCAUUCUCGGAGUUUACGUCUACAGCACCGUUCGAUUCGAAACGUCAAACUUGAAGAAAUUUGUGAGCGCGGUGCGACGAAUCGGUGACGAAGAUCACGUCGUUGGCGGUUUUACCCAGCCACUCAGUUCUCUUAAGCGUGCAACGACGUUGGUUCACGUUGUGAACAUACUCACGCAACUUCGCGACGCCUUGCACUCCGAGGCGGAACUAAUUGACCUCAAACAUAAAGGAACGCUUCACAACCUAGCCGCCUACUUCGAGUACAGCAACGCGCAGUCGAAAUAUGGUUUCAAGCCUGAGGAUUACGGCAUCGAGCCGAAAGAGGCGAUGUCUCUCGCGGCGCUUUUUUCCGAGUGGGAUACCGACGGAUCGGGCACGCUUUCGUCGACGGAAUUGAAGUACUUACUCAACGCGCUGGGACACGAUACCGUGAACGAAAUGGAAGUCAACAUGGCCAUGCGCGUUCUCGAUAAAGACGAGACUGGGGAGGUGAACUUUAGCGAGUUCGUGAGAUGGUACCGCGAGGGUGUCACGCUCCCGAUGGCUUCCAAGCUCGAAUCGAACGCCAACGAAAGCGACGACUUACAGAACGCCGACCCGGGCUCUAGCAUCGAUGAACCCUCAUCUUGA